UGCGUUCCAAAAAGUGGUGCUCUUCAAAACACACUCUCGCACGCUGUAAAACAGAUCGAGCAGACAUGGACCGAUGUACAGCACACGUGUGUUACUGUCGCCAGUCUACUGUAUGAUUGUAUCACUAUCUAGUAUCUACCCUGUGGUGUUAGCUCGAAGUACAUAAGCAAGAACGCACUUCUGUGGGCGUGCCAGAGCUCGACAACGCCGGGUGCACGAGCGAGCCCGCCAAGCCGGCCAACCAUGUCCGAGUCCGGCGGCGUGCCGCCCGAGCGCGACAGCCCGCCCCAAGGCCCCAAAAAAACCCGCAGCCGCCGCCGGCGAGUCCUCCUCUGCCUCGCCUUCACCGUCCUCAUCCUGCUGCUCCUCGCCGCGGCGGUCGCCAUCGCGCUGCUCGCCGUCCUCCGCCCGCGGGACCCGGUCACGGAGCUGCUCUCGGUCAACGCCACGGGCGUGCUCCCGAACGUCGUCUCGCUGCCGACCUUCUCCGUCCAGCUCAACCUCACCUUCCUCCUCGCGGUCCGCGUCCGGAACCCGAACCCGGCCGCGUUCCGCCACGGCGCCGCCACCACGUCGCUCUACUACCGCGGCGCCGCCGUGGGCUACGGCGAGGUGCCGGCCGGGACCGUGCCGAGCCGGGGCGCGGCCACCGUCCGGAUGAACAUGACGGUGCAGGCCGACCGGGUCGUGGCGGCCGCCGGGAUCGGGGGACUCAUCGCCGACGUGCUCGCCGGCGAGAUGGAGUACGAGGCGAGGACCGAGGUGCCGGGCACCGUCAAGCUCCUCGGCUUGGUGAAGCGCAGCGUGGAGGCAAGAUCGGUGUGCCGCGUCGUCAUCGGCGUCGCCGACGUCAGCGUUCGGCGCCAGGAGUGCGACAACGAAGCCAAGCUGUGAAGCGUCUUGCUUGAUCUCGGCGAUCAUGCAUAUGGUGUGCGGUGCCGUGAGCACGUACCGUUCGUGAACUUGUACAUGUACUAUAACAUACACGCGUGUAUUGUCAAUUUUUUUAGGGAGAAUAAUUGGGUGAAUAGCAGUCUCUGUUCUCUAUGGACCUCCACAUGUUCUACUUUAC